CACAGCCGAAAUUUUGUGUGUUUCAACUUUUAGUUCCGAGUCUUUGACUUUUUGUAUCAUCGCGAACUCCAUUUUGUCUCGCCGCUGAGUCUUAUCGAUAAUUUCGAGCUAUCGAUAAGUUGGUGUGUGUGUGUGUGUGUGUGUGUGUGUGUUCGAGCGGUCCAGCUCGUUCUCAGAUCAUCGCUUCAGUCACGUUGUGAACGCCAUGAUGUGUGGUACAGUGGUUGUGGUCCUCUGCGCUUUCGCAGUGAUGCCAAUCCUCGCACUCAACUUUACCUACGAAACCAAGUACCUGGAUGUACCCGUCGAUCAUUUCAGCUUCGCAAGCAACGUCACGUUCCGGCUUCGAUACCUGGUGAACGCAACGCACUGGCGCAAACACGAGGGGAGACCCAUAUUCUUCUACACGGGCAACGAGGGGGACAUCGAGAUGUUCGCGCAGAACACGGGCUUCAUGUGGGAGACAGCUCCUGAGUUCAGGGCUUUGAUCGUGUUUGCAGAGCAUCGUUACUAUGGACAAUCACUGCCAUUUGGAAACAAUUCUUACUCAGAACCAAAGUACUUGGGCUACUUGACGUCUGAGCAGGCCCUGGCAGACUAUGCCCUGGUGAUUGCACACCUGCAGAAGGAUCAGGAUCGUCGCAGCCCUGUCAUUGCGUUUGGUGGAUCAUAUGGUGGCAUGCUGGCUGCAUACUUCAGGAUGAAGUACCCCCAUGUGGUGGCAGGGGCAAUUGCAGCAUCAGCACCGAUCUUCCAGUUCUCAGAGCUGACUCCCUGUGAAGCGUUUUCACGCAUUGUCACUGCGGACUACAACAGUGCCUCUGCUGAAUGUGCGGCUUCCAUCCGUAAAUCCUGGGCGGCGAUUAACAAUGUCACCAAAACUGACGCAGGAAAGUCUUGGUUGUCAACAAUGUGGAAGCUGUGCAAACCGCUGAAGACAUUGCAUGAUGUGAAGGACUUGAAGGGCUGGCUGUCAGAUGUCUACACAAACCUCGCCAUGAUCAACUACCCAUAUGCAACAAACUUCCUGGCACCAGUACCUGCCAAUCCCAUCUCAGUGAUGUGUUCUCAUCUGCCCAACUCAUCACUUACCGAUAAACUUCUUGUGAAGUCACUCUUCAAAGCAGUCAGCAUUUACUUCAACUACACAGGCAGCAGCAAAUGUCUUAAUAUAGAGACUGAAGCUAGCUCCAAUCUUGGAGACCUUGGCUGGGACUUCCAGGCCUGUACAGAAAUGGUGAUGCCAAUGUGCUCAGAUGGACACAAUGACAUGUUCGAAGUUCAGAUAUGGGACUUCGCAAAGUAUUCAGAAACAUGCUACAAGAAGUGGAAGGUUCGACCAGAUGAGAAGCGUGCCGUCAGAUUCUACGGUGGCAAGGACAUUUCUACGGCUACAAACAUCGUGUUCAGCAAUGGACUGUUGGACCCAUGGUCAAGUGGAGGUGUGCUGUAUAACGUAUCAAAUUCAACCGUUGCUGUCAUCAUACCUGAGGGGGCACACCAUCUGGAUCUGAGAGAGAGCAACCCUGCUGAUCCUGUCUCUGUUCGCACAGCACGUAAAUUUCACCGCAAAUUUAUACGCCUUUGGCUUCGUAACUAUAGGCUUCCUGCAUGAAUGUGUAGAGUUGGUUCACAGUGGUUGAUUCCAGUUUGCACAGGUGAUAAUUCUGAAAGUGGUACCAGUCUAAACUCAGCAAAGUAUAGAAAAUCAUGCAUACAAACAACACGCUGCACGGUAUGAAAGGUUUUAAGAUCAGUGAAGUAUCCUGAUAUGUUAUUUUGAUCAUGUUUUGUAUUUGUGGCUCCUGUAAAUCUUUAUGUUCCAUACGAGACAAUCUAAGUAACUGUUCCUUCUGAGCGAGGACCACGUACAUAAGUUUGUGAAAUUUUGUCUCUUACUCUAAUGAAACAAAAUGAAUCAAGUGCUAUGGAUAAGAUGAGUAGCAGGGGAACUGAAAAGCAUCUCUGUGCUUCUGGUACUGACAUCAUAAUUAAUCAGUAACACAAGAUAGGCUAGGCAUGUAGUAGGAAUGGGAAAAUCAAAUAUGCAGGCAGCAUAUUGUUAGGGAUUUUUCUUAAUAGAAAAGAGCACAAAUGGGAGAACAAAAUUAAAAUUGUUGUUACUGAAUUAAGAAGCGCUUAAGUGGCUGUCGCCACAAAGGAGGAGGUCCAAAUAGUAGUAGUUGUUGCUGUAGUAGUAGUAGUAGUAGCAGCAGUAGCAGUAGCAGCAGUAGCAGUAGCAGUAGCAGUAUCAUUGUUAGUAGUAUGGUGAAACAUAUUGUAAACAGAACCUGCAUUGAACAGAAUUCCAUCUGUCAUGGAAAAAUUCUUCAGUCUUCACAACUGACAGAAAAUUAAAGUUAACUUACCUUUAUUAAAGUGAAAUUGUUUAGCAUCAUCAAAACUGAAUGUGCAUUUUUGUAAAUCAAUCAACAUUUUUGAAUGGGAAUGAGGUGUUCUUCAUAGCAUAUGUAGUCAUCAGGUAUCUCUGUCCAGGCUUCACUACCUUAUGCCAGUACAGGUCUUGCCACAUUUUUAUGUAUCUAUGAUGUUUUUCAUUGUACGUAUUGCAUUAAAUAUACACCACACUGAAAGACAGCUCCCUUAAAAUUUGUAGAUAUUAAUGGAAUCUAUUUUAUGUGCAAAAUUUGAUAUUAUUUGAACCGAAUAUUACAAAAUAUGUACUGAAGAACAUAAGAAAGAAAUUCAGCGUGCAAGAUUCUGUUUAGAAUUGUGAUACCAUAUUUCAGAUAAAUGAUUUGAUUAGUUUUAGAGAUAUGGAUAGCCAGACAUUACCUCCCCAUAAAGCCUUCAUUUUGCGCACUGUCUAGAGAACAUUACAAGUCUUGUGUAUAAAAUUACUAAUUCAUAUGCCAGUUUUAACACUUCUGAUACAAAUCAUGCAUAAAAUUUUUUAUUUAUCUCUAAAUUCUUUGAACAACAAUAAUAUACAAAGUAACAGCAUUCAAUUUUCAUGUAAAUAUGACACAUAAGUUAGAACAGUCUGCAACACUGAACACAGAAUUAAUGCAUCAGUUUUCAGUUCAAACAUAAAACACAUAAAUGAAUUAAAUAAAAAUGUAUCUGUAAUGGA